AUGUAUUUUGAUGGUAGUUUUGCUUCGGCAAACCCCGGCGACCAAGAUCAAUCCCAUCUAUUCAGCCAUUCUCUCGAUUCCGCCAUUCCUUCCCACGAUUGGCAACCAUCUGACAAUGACCCGUUGGCUUCUUAUCUAUCGCUAGGGUUACACGCCCAUUCACUCGACUCACCCUUCUUUGAUGAUGCCACUCUUGCCUCUGUCGCAGCAGCAACCGAUUGGGAUUUUUAUGAUCCCGCCGCAGCAGAUAGCCAACAACAACAAGAGCAACAACGAGUAUCACAGCAAUCGAUGCCAGUAGAACAUGAUUUUCUAUCAUCAUUGAAUGAACAAGAGCAGCAAGCUAUUCUAUUAUCGGAUCCUAAUUUUGUAAGGCAGCAACAGCUUUAUCAAGAGAAGGAGAUGGAAAUGCGUCAACAACAAGAGCGUCAACAGCAACAACCUCCACCUCCACCACCCUCUCAGCAACCACCUGCAGCAGCAUCUUCAUCGUCUUCUUCAUCCACUACCUAUCCAUCUUCUUCUUCAUCAACGACACAAUCUAAUUUAUCUGCCAUGUUGGAUUCAACCAAACGACCUGCCAAGGCUUCGUCUACCAAUAAACCCAACAAACAACAGCGUCGAUCGGCGGAGGAAAUUGAUCAUCAACGUAGACUCAGCGAGCUGCAAGCAAGGUUCCGCGUGAAUUUUGCUAGAAAGAAAACUCCCCAACAACGUCGUCGUUCAUCUAUGGAUGCUAUGCGCCAGUCUGUACAAGCUGCUGCUGUAUCACAACAACAACCUCAGCCAUCAUCUUCAACAGGUAGCAAUGCAAAUGGGUCACAGCAGCUUCCUCAGCCUGGUACAUCGGCACCUACUCCAUCAUCCAUGCCACCAAAGCAGCAACAACAUCAGCAGCAACAACAACAACAACAACAACAGCCAUCGUUUCCAUCCCGUACUAUGCCUAUUCAAAUUCAACGACGGCCUAAUGUACAAUCAUAUGAUGCUGAACAACGACAACGACAAUUGGAUGAGCAAUUGGAAAACAUAGAUUUUGAUGACAUUACCGUUUCUGAACUCAAGGAUAUGUUGCGUCAGCGUGGGAAACCUGCUACAGGCAAGAAGGCAGUAUUGGUACAGCGUUUACAAGCUGAACGCGAUUGGAGACGUAGUAUGGCUGUUGCUGUUGCUCAACAACAACGACAUUCAUUCCCUGAUCCACCACCAUCACCCACCACCUUAUCACUUAAUCGAUCCAUCGCCAAUAUGCAUAUUGGAUCACCACCCCAAACGCAUCAACAACAACAACAACAACAACAUGCUCAUUCGUUACCUAAUACGACUCCCACAUCACAACAACAAGCAAGACGAUUUGCCCCAUAUCGAUCCUCCAAACCCAUUCAGGAUCAACAACAACAGCAACAACAGCAACGCGUACGUCACAAGUAUGCUCCUCGGAUACCAUCAGCAUUGGCUACCCCCGACCAUGAAGAGGAACAAAACCCAUUUGAUCAAUUUAUCAUGAUGCAACAGCAACAACAGCAACAACAAGCUCCUCCUCCACCUCCUCCUCAGCAACAACAACAACAAACGAUGAUGUUGCCACAAGAUUUGCCCAUGUUUGGUUCAACCGAGAUGCCCCGCCCUAACCCCGCUUCGGCUAAGCAGAAUACUGUGAGCGAUUUGAGUCAGGUGUUAUUCAACGAUCCACUUCUUCAUUGGUGA